CAAAGAUAAGAAUGACAUGAAUGGGCCUAGCCCCAAAACGUAAGAUGAAUGGGGACUAUAAUAGGACUAUACUUAUUUUAAAAAAGCUGUCACACAACUGACAGUUAUUGAGAGUGCUUGCCGCUGGUUUUCUGUGGUGUGAAUUGGCAAAAUGCUCAAGAAUUUCACCACGUUGAGGAUAUAAGUGAAUAAACCUCCUCAUCUGACAUCUCACUUGACCAAGAAGAAAAUGCUGCAAUCAUGGCUAACAAGAAAUGCGCUCAUGGAGGUCAACGGAAUGGAGAUAACGUCCACCCUGCAGUCACAUGGAUAGGUGUCGUCACUGUACUCCUUGGAUUCCAAGUACUUUUCCCGCCUGGUGUUGUUGCGUCAACUAUCUCCCAACCUUCUGUACUUCCUACGUCAUCAGUAAAUGUGGGAACAGACCGGCCGGAGUCAGCGGGAAAUGCCACUACUCGUACAACUCCAGCUACUUCUGCAGCCUCAACAAGCCAUGCCAUGGCAGUAGAACCGAACAGUACCACACAGCCGUUAGACGUUCCCCUCAACAGUAGCGACAGAGCAACCCAAACACCAACUUGGGACAUUUCCACCACCCCGUCAGAUGGCAAUAACCAACCAAGUCCAAGUGACCAAAUGCCUGUCACCUCAACUGCCAACACACCUUCAGAUUCCACAAAUAAUUCAAACACAACGUCAAUAACUGUGAAUCCAGUCACAAAGAUGAGCACUUUGAGUACCAUUACACCAACAUCUGGAAGUUCUCCUUCUGCUUCCAUAACACGAGCUUUGACUUCAUUCUCCUCAACCACGCCAUCGGAUGCACCCAGCCUGCCUGCAUCCACCGUUAAUAGUACUUUACCAUCCCAAUUUAGCCCAACCGCAGCACCGGUAACUACACCCAAAGGGAUAGCGGACACAACAUCAGCAACCCCCACCAAUCCAAGCCAAUCCCUGCCCCCGGCUAUCAGUACUCCGGUUACAUCAACUUUCUCUAUUCCAGGAAGCAGUACUCAAACUCAAACAUCAUCAGACGUUCAAAGUCAGGAGCCAAGCUCUACUGCGAACGUUAAGAUUACCAGUGCUCUAUCCACAGUGGCUUAUUUUGACACAACCUGGCCGACAGUUGCCAUGGUAACAACAAGGCAGAGCCAAACUGGUGCAUCGCUGACGACUGAGCAAUGGAUAGGAAUUGGCGUCGGCGUCGGAAUCUUUCUUGCAAUAACAGUGAUUCUUGCAUGCUUACUCGUGUGGAUGAGAGCCAGGCGAAACCAGCUUACCAAAAAACCCUCCAUUCAAGUAAGCAGAGAGGACUAUUCAAACAGCAGCACGUUGGCUCUGAAGGACCCGCAGUGGCGGAAAAGUUUAACCAUGGCACUGCAAUCAAUGAACACUCAUAUAGAACUGCCAAAGGAGACCAAUGAAGAGAUGCAAGCAGUUGACAAUGCAGCGUAUGUAGAAGAGUCACAUGACCCACAGACAUCCAACCAGGACUUAUCACACCUAACAAAGGUUUGAAAUAGACCAUGACGCUUGCACAAAAGAGUUGGAUGCCCUGUGAGACAUAAGAAGGCUGAAGACAUUUUGCAAAAUAGAGAGCAGAUUUUGUAAUUGAAAUAGAAGAAUUUUGUUCUUCAAUAUUAAACUUUCAUGCCAGUGUUAUAUUCUAAUAAAUGAGUACUUCAAGAAUUGUUGAAACACAUGUUUAUUUUUGCAACAUGGAACAAUAUUUUCAAGGACUUUCAAAGAUGUAAGGACUUUUACAUGGCUCCGAAAUUUAGAAAUUUGCAUCAUAUAUUGUAUGCCAGAGAAGUAAUUUAAAGUAAUUCAAAGGGCAUUCAAUUACUUAUCUUCAUCCUGAUUUAAUUUCAAACGCCCAAAAUAUUACGUGUAAUUGGUGCUGUUCGUAAUGAGACUGCAUGUGUAAAUAAUGCUUUUUUUAAUGUACAUUUAUAGAGGUCUUCGUGGCAAUUUUUGGAUCAUGUUGAUAACAUCAUCCUUGUCUUUCACGUGAAGAAAUGUGUUCGGAGCUUUAAAAGGUUUUGAUGAAUUUCAAUUUGCACUCAUGUUUAAUGCAACAUCUUACACUGAAUGAGUAUGUAAGUGACGUUUUUGUAUUCAAAGCUAAUAGCAGCUGUGGUUAUUGUGUUUACAAAGCAUUUUACAGUGGAAGGAAUCUGAUAGAUUUUUGUAUCCCUUACAGUUUGAGGGAUCGCCUCAUCAGCCUCUAAGCUUGUACUUUCCUGUCUGCAACUGACUGGAAUGGUGCUGAGCUCUUUAUAGAGAGAGUUGUGACAUGAGCAUCUCUAUUGUCUUGGAACCAAAAUGGUGGAUUAUACAUCACUGCACAUGGACAAUUAGGACACAAUAGCUGCAUGCUGUACUGCACAUCUGAUGAACAACCAUUUUGGGUCCAAAGUCUGAUGUUGGCACUACUCUCUCUGUAUACAGCUCUGGAAUGGUGCUGUCAACUCCUAUACCAGGCCAUAAAAAGUAAAUUCACAAGUCAGUUCCAGAAUUCAGGUCUGAAGUAACAAUUUCGAAUCAGUGACCAAGGAGUGUCAUUUUACAAACAAUUUAAAUAGUCUUUUGAAUGUGGGCUCGGAAGACUUGUGAUGGACAUGCUGAGAUUUGUAUGGACUCAGUGUGGCACCUCUUGAAAUGUACUUUUGAAUUACAAUGGAUAUUUAGCUGCCGCUGGCAAUUCAACUAAAUGGUGUUUACCCAUCAACCACAAGUAGACAGCACUCUCUUUGAUGUGUAUGCACGAGUAAGCCUAUUAAGGUUAUUAAAUUACAACUAGACUCCAAGUAGGGUCCAUUCUCUAGUGGAUAGCACUCCCAUCUUGAGAUCGCAUGGUGCACUCCCAGGUGGGUUUAAUCUCCAGCUUAAAACCCAUAUCUGCCCACAACCCGGCUGUUUCAGAGCUUUUUUUUGGGGGGGGGUAUUUUUACGUUGGCUCCAACAUGUAAUUACAGAGUAUUACAUUUCUUUCUGGUUGGUGGCUGUAGAUGAUUUUUUUAGGGAAAAAAGUCCGAAAUUGGAAAAACAGUCUGAUUCCAACCUUGCGAUUACUAUGUUGAUGCAGAACCAGUCUAAGAUUUAUCACUGUAAGAAUUUCUAAGCCCCCCCCAAAAAAAAGAGACAGAACUGUGCAUGUCCCCAGCAAAAUAUUGUUUACUUAAAUUUUCCAGCGACAUCUAAGUAUCCACUGGCUUUUUGAAUCGUCUGUUUUUUUCUCUUUUUUGGGAGAGUUUGAGUUUUGUUUUAGGGCUGGAGGGUUUGACUAAGACUAUUACAGUUUGAGAUAAGGUAAAGAAGAUCUUUCUGACCAAUAGUUUCCUUUCUUGGGGAAGCUUUAGGUUUUUACAGCUGUGAAUAAGGAUACACGAAGUUAA